AUGUCUUUUGCUCCAAGAGGAAGAGGUGGUGCCCGUGGUGGAUCUAGAGGUGGAUUCGGUGGUGGUGCCCGUGGUGGCCGUGGUGGUGGCCGUGGUGGAUUCGGUGGUGGUCGUGGUGGAUUCGGUGGUGGCCGUGGUGGUGCCAGAGGAGGUGCCAGAGGUGGUGCUCGUGGUGGUGCCAGAGGUGGUGCCCGUGGUGGAAGAGGUGGUGCCCGUGGUGGUGCUCGUGGUGGUGCCAAGGUUGUCAUUGAACCACACAGACAUGCCGGUGUCUUCAUUGCUAGAGGUAAGGAAGAUUUAUUAGUCACCAGAAACAUGGCCCCAGGUGAAUCCGUUUACGGUGAAAAGAGAAUUACCGUUGAAGAACCAGCCAAGGAAGAAGGUGCUGCUCCAACCAAGAUCGAAUACCGUGUUUGGAACCCUUUCAGAUCUAAGUUGGCUGCCGGUAUCAUGGGUGGUAUUGAUGAAUUAGGUAUUGCUCCAGGUAAGAAGGUCUUGUAUUUGGGUGCUGCUUCCGGUACUUCUGUUUCCCACGUUUCUGAUGUCGUUGGUCCAGAAGGUUUAGUUUACGCUGUCGAAUUCUCUCACAGACCAGGUAGAGAAUUGAUCGGUAUGGCCAAGAAGAGACCUAAUGUCAUUCCAAUCAUUGAUGAUGCUCGUCACCCUCAAAAAUACAGAAUGUUGUUAGGUAUGGUCGACUGUGUCUUUGCCGAUGUUGCCCAACCAGAUCAAGCCCGUAUUAUUGCAUUAAACUCCCAUUUGUUCUUAAAGGAUGGCGGUGUUGUUGUUAUUUCCAUCAAGGCUAACUGUAUUGAUUCUACCGUUGAUGCUGAAACCGUCUUCGCUAGAGAAGUUCAAAAAUUGAGAGAAGAAAGAAUCAAGCCUUUGGAACAAUUAACCUUAGAACCUUAUGAAAGAGACCAUUGUAUCGUCGUUGGUCGUUACAUGAGAAGUGGAUUAAAGAAGUAA